AUGACUACAUGGCUUAACGUAGCUGAAAAGCCUAGUGUCGCGAAGGAGAUUGCCAAUGCCCUCUCUGGAGGACAUGCACGCACCAUAUUAGUGCAGUCUCGUUUCAAUCCAGUUUUCGAAUUUACUUUUGAAGGCAAAAAGAUGUUGGUAACGUCUGUGUUAGGCCAUCUUAUGGAGGAUGAGUUUCCACCAAACACGAAAAGUUGGUCCAGGUUUCCAUUUCGAGAUCUCUUUACCGCAAAGAUAAUCAAAGUGGUGAAGCCGGAGCUGCAACCCGUCCAACAGAACAUCGAGUCGCUGGCGAAGCGGUCAAGCACGCUGGUGCUAUGGCUGGAUUGCGACCGCGAAGGGGAAAAUAUCUGCUUCGAGGUAGUGCAGGUAGCGCAGCGACAGAAUCCACGGCUUGUCGCAAAACGUGCUCAUUUUUCGGCGCUCACCAAACGUGACCUGCUUUAUGCCGUUCACCAUCUCAAGCAGCCCGACAAGAAGCUUUCCGAGGCGGUCGAGGCGCGGCAAGAGAUGGACCUGCGCAUUGGUGCCGCCUUCACACGCCUUCAAACAGUCCGGUACGGUGAAGCCUUUGAGGGCAUCGCGCGCGUGCUCAGCUUUGGACCAUGCCAAUUCCCGACCCUAGGCUUUGUGGUGCGUCGGUACUGGGAGCAGCGGGCCUUCGUGCCGGAGGAUUACUUCACACUUAGCGUGCGGCAUGGGGAAACCGCCUUCCGCUCCAGCCGCGGCGCCAUGUACGAACAAGUGGGUGCUACGAUGGUCUUCAGCGACAUGCUCGAGUGCGCCGCUGCGAAUCGAAACAUGUGCAACGUUGUGAGUGUGCAGCAAAGGCCUCGGCAUCGGCGCCCGCCGGUGCCGCUGGCAACGGUGGUGCUCCAGAAGUUGGCCUCCAGGCAUCUACACAUCUCCUCGGAGCGGUGUAUGGCGCUGGCCGAGUCGCUAUACCAGGAAGGGUUCAUCUCCUACCCACGCACGGAGACGGACUCCUUUUCGUUUCAAGAUCACGAACUAUUGGAGUUGGUGCGGGGGCUGAAAGCCUACCCACCGGUUGCUGAGUUUAGCACCGCCAUGCUCGAGAACCCCCAGCAACUCUUCAGGAGACCGCUAAACGGUUCUCACAAUGACAAGGCGCAUCCGCCUAUCCACCCCACCAAGGCGUGGGGAGGUAGCCCGAACGAUGAGAAAGGUCGUCUGUUCACACUUAUCGCUCAGCACUUCCUUGCUUCUCUCUCUCCGGACGCAGUGGCAGCGACGACGUCGGUGCGGAUGGUAUUUGGAGAUGAAGAGUUUACCACUGGGGGCUCCACCGUCCUUCAGCGGGGCUAUCUUGACAUAUACAUCUACGAUAAUUGGCAUAGUAGUACGAUACCGUGUUACAAGGUUGGGGAUCAGUUUGCUCCUACCGAGGUUCAAAUGGAAAGGCACCGCACCUCGGCGCCGCCAAACCUGACUGAGACGGAUCUGAUCGCCCUCAUGGAUGAUCACGGUAUCGGUACGGACGCCACUAUCGCCCAGCACAUCAAGACGGUGAUCGAUCGCGAGUAUGUGAGGCGUGAGGGGCAGGUGCUCCUGCCCACUACCCUUGGCAUCGCCUUGGCUUCCGCCUACGAGGCAGUUGGCUUGGCGAGCUUGCUGCAGCCCCAGCUGCGCGCCCAGAUGGAACUGGCGAUGGGUGACAUCGUCAGGGGUGUCGUAUCGAAGGAACAGGUCGUUGAUGCGUCUGUGAAGCUGUACCGUGAAAUAUUCGACCGGCUGGAGCACAACAGCCGCAUCUUUUAUGAGGAGCUCUGCAAACAUCUGCGUCCUGUGAAUCGUGUUGACCCACCCGGCCAUCUGACACACGCGCAGGUUCGGCAAACUGGAUUUACAGACUGUGGUGUGUGUAAUCAGUCGAUGGAGUUGGUUGAGAGUAAGGACGGGGAUCGUGCCUGCUGGUAUCUUCGCUGCCUUCAAUGUGUCCGUCAGUACCGUGUGCCCAACGGUAGCCUAAAUCUUUUAGAACCUCUUUCACAGCGCUGUGUGUUGUGCUCAUUCAGGGCUAUACAAGUGACGAACCGAGAAAAAAACACCAGUUACACUAUUUGUCCCUGCUGCUUCACCAACCCCCCUCCUGAGAUCGAAACAUUAGGGGAGUUCCGCUGUUUUCAGUGCACCGCAUCGAGUUGCCCCCUUGCCAGGGGAUUGGAGCAGCUCUCCAUCACACGGUGUGUGUCAUGCAAGGAAAACGACCUUCGUCUGCGCUCAAGUUCCACUGGCUACUACUUGGCCUGUAAGGGAUAUCCCGCCUGUAACUUUUCAGUGUACCUACCCAAAGCAAGCGCGAUUACAUACAAUCCAAACCAGCGCUGCACAACAUGUCAGACUGUGUUGCUCACCUUCGACUUUGGGGCGAUGCCAGGGGUUCCGGGUAUGGAUAUGAUCGACACCGUGUGCCCAACCUGCGACCACCGACUAAAGGACUACCUCGUCGUACGAGGGUAUCAGCCCAAAAGCGAUGUCCAGGCUGACAGUACAGCAGCUGUGAGAUCAGUGUACACAUUGCCGUCUGUGAGUGCGCCCAAGAGAUCAUCAAAGCGAGUUGGUAUCAAAGAAAAGACGCCCAACAAUUGUAACUUGGACGAUAACGUGCUUUGCGGCUGCGGAAUUCAAGCGAAGCGGCUUGUUUCUCGAAAGGAAACUUCCAAAGGGAAACCAUUCUUCACAUGUGCAAAUCGGCAGUGUAACUUUUUUCAAUGGUUAGAAUAG